ACAAACAUAGAAACCUUUUCAAAAUAUUCAGUUUGGAAUAUUUUCCUGUCACUUUAGAAAAUUUUCAUUUUCGGAGAAAUUCUGUACAAAUGUUGUUCAUUUGAAUUCCGAACCGAUUGCUGUUUUCUUGUCCCGAAGCUAAGAUAUUUCCAUAAAAAUAAUACAAGCAAAAGAAGGCCCCACCUUGCGAGACCUGCGAAUUGUUUUAAGCUUUGGUUUAGUAAAGUCUUUGUUUCAAAACAAUCAAUUGCCACAAUUUUCCCAUACCUACUAGCCUACCUACAUAUGUAAAACUGAAAUAUCACCUUUAAUAGCAAUUACCAAGAUGUCAUAUUUGGAGCAAUCCCGUCGUCGUAGGCCUGUGGACAGCGCUGGACAUAAAUGAUCCAAAGUUGUCGUUUAUUUGGAAGGUGGAAGCGCAAUUUAAGUAACAUCAUGUACAUCACAUCCAUCAACGACAUUGGUGGUGUUGCAUUGUUUGUCUUGACACGACACCAGGGACCUUCUCCCCAUCCCAAGAACGAAGCCCACAAAGAUGGAAAUGAACAAGAAGCCCAAGUCGACGAAGAAGAUGAAAACGAAAACAAAACAAACAAACAAACAUCAACGGCGACAGCAACGGCAACGGCAACAAUCACAUUGCGCGGAAAACAAAAUGCGUUUUUAGGCGAGAAAGAGCUCUUUUGUUGCCCCAUGAAAAAUUGUUACCCAAACAAUAGCGAUAAUAAUAACAACGGCAACAGCAACAAAACCAUCAGCAUCGGCAUCGUCAAGACCGAAUGAAUGAAGACGACCGAGCAACAAUAGCCCCAUUCAGGCAGCAACAGCAACAGCAACGAUUUGAA